ACUGCCCUUCGUAUCGCCGCCACUUCUUCUAUGAGAAAUAUCCACCACCAAGCUCUGCGAAUUCAGCGCUUUCCCAUUACUAUUAAAAGCUGUGACGGUACUCUGAGUAGGGGUAAAUGGGCCUUGGUGUUUGAUUGAUUGAAUAUUCGCUGUAAACAGCAUCUUUGGAACAUACUGAGGUGGAUUUUGGCCUAGUCGCAGAAAUUUAAUUUUUUGAUACGCCAACAUGGAUUUGAAUGAUGACCUUUUAAGCUGGAAGUUGCAUGGAGACAAUGGUCGCUUUGCUGGGAACGGAUCUUCUGCACCGAAAAAAGCCAAUAACUUGGCUUCUCUUUCUCGAAUGCAAUCUCCUAUGCAGUCACCGAAACUUCAGGCAAUUGGUUCUCCAAGAGUUGGAGGGAAAAAGUUCAACUUGCUGCACUCCAAAUGGUCUGGUGGGUUAGGUGGAUUUGGAGGUGAUGCUCCCAGUGGUCUGGGAAAUAGUACACCAGUGACACCAUUAAGUGAGAAUCCGCCUUCUUUGGGCGACAUGGGAGGUUCAAAUGUGAUGAGCGGAGGCCUGACUGCUUCUGAGAAUCUGGCAUCGCUGUUGAACAGCAGCGAUUCCAAUACUUCCUCCUUGCAAAAUAAGCUGUCAGGCAACGAAGCUAACAACGAGGGAGUUGGAGCUAAUCCAUCUUCCAACACGAGUGUGGCAUCAACUACUCCCGUGCCUCAGCCUACCGAAGACACGAUUCCUACUGCCAUUGUCAUCAAGAAUAUUCCCUUCUCGUUGGAGAAAGAUUCGUUGAUCGAGUGUUUUAAGAAGCUUGGUAUUCCCAAGCCUUAUGCAUUCAAUUACCAUUACGACAACGGUGUGUUCCGUGGUCUGGCUUUUGCGAACUUUUACAUGCCUGAGGAGGCUCGGGCCGUUGUUCAAGCUUUGAAUGGCUACGAAAUAAACGGACGUCGUCUUCGUGUGGAAUGGAAGCGACAAUUGCCCGCUGCAGAGCGUGAAAAAUUGGAGCGCGGAAAAAAACGGGUUGCCGAAGAGCGCAGAAAGCAACAGCAAACGAAACAGUACUGCUACAAUUUUUCUGCUUACGGUUUGGAUAUGAACGAUCCCGCGACACUCGAGGUCUAUACACGUAUUCUCCUUUUCAUGAAUCAGCGCCCCCCUGCGCGCGAGCUUGUGUUGGAAGCUGGUUCUGAAGAUACACGUAUGCUGAACAUCAUUCGCGUGUUCUGUCUGCAUCUCGACCUUGAGUACUAUGCCGUUCCUAAUGGCGAAACAUGCAAGCUCGUUGUGUCCUCUCCUGCGAAGCAUUCCACGACUACUACGACUACUUCUCAGUCACAGCCGCCUUCCCCUCGUAUGCGCUCCAUCUCUGCCCACAACCCCAUUGCGUCUCGUUUUAUGCAGGAACAUGUGGUUCAGGGCAUUCAAAGUGCGCCUGCGACUCCUCCUCCUUCGUUGGAACUUUCGCUUGCCCAGCUGGGAUUGGACAACGAUCUUGCUGGCGCCGAAGACUUUGGCUUGUUCAAAGCUCGCACUAAGUCUGCGCUUUCCGAGAUGAAUGGCAAUCCCCUGGCCAACGUGAGUUCCAUCUGGCGUUAGAAAAUCCGUGCAGGUGUGAGACGAAGUUGCACGUGCCCUUUUCUGCAUGUUCUUGGAUCUUUGAAUGUUUGUUUAUUUUCCCUGAUGUCAUUUCUUGCGAGCAAAAUGUCUUGUUGAUCCAAAAUCGUUUUCGAUGAAUUGUCUGUAAUGGCCGCUUUUUUGGUAUCGAUUUUUUUCUUUAUUCCUUUCGUUCACUGAAGCUGAUGUGUAUGAUGAUGAUGAACUGCUGAAACACCUCUUUUUCCUCUCUCGAACCGGGAGUCCUGUCGCUGUUCCGUAUUUUCCUAUUCCUAUGAGUGUUUGUGUACGCAUUUGUUCAAUAUGGCCUCCCUCUGUGCAGUGUUACUUCACGGCCCGGUGGUUGUCACUAUUGCAAUGCGUGUCUCCCUUUCUUGAUAUACUCUAAUUUUCUGUUUUUGUUGUUCACACUCUUUUUGAUAUCUCUGCUGCUUCCGAUAAUGUACCUUUCUUGCAGCGAGCAGAUUCUUCUGCACAUUCCACAUGUUGUUGUGACACUUACACUCGUAUCUAUUUUGUUGCUACCAUGCUAUGUUCAUGCUUUUUUGUUCUCCAUACAGCCAAUGUGCUGUUUCUAUGAAAACCAGUAUAAGAAAAAGGCAGUUUCCGAAUGGACAAUGACAAGGGCAGCUAUGAGUUCAAGAUUAGCUGCCUCUUUUAAAAAAUGCGUGAAGACUGACUGGUUCAUCGCUUGAAGUUAUGAAAAGCCGUAUAGUCUUCCUGCUUGUCAUGCACUGCGUGUCGGUGUUCUGUAUUGCUGCCUUGGUUGUCGUUGGGCUCCUGUUUCUUUACUGUUUUCCCAAUAUAUAGACAACUACAAUAAUUCGUUUCCUCGCUACUUUUAUCUUAUUAAUCCUA